UGUGCGCCUCCGCCUGGUAAUUACAAAAUUACAUAGAUAUUUACAUUGCAAUGCUCCAUCUCAUGGUGGGUGCAACGUAACAACAAAACGAUAUCGCUAUAUCGAUAUUUUAAUUAUGUAGACCUUAUUUUUCGCCAGUAAGGAAGAGGUGUUGGCGGUGCCAGGUGGGCGGCACGGCGAGGCAGAGCAGCAGUGGUGCGGUGGGUGGUGUGCGGGCAGGAUGUUCCGUGGCGGGGCAGCCGUGGCGGUGCCCACCACUCCCAGGCCGGUGGGGCGACUCAGCCUCCUCUCCCAGCCGGCAGGAGGACUUUUGCAGCAGACCGCCGGGAGCGGCCCAGCGUGGCGCCGCGCAGACCGGCUGCCCAAUCAACAACCACCACCUCCACCGCCGCCACAGACAAAUUGCGAGCUCAAGCAGAAAUGGAGGGCCGGACUGAGUCACAGAAUUUCCCGGAUUGAAAUAGAGGAGGCCCCGAAAACUGAGGUCCAGAGCAUCCCUCAGUGGAAGAGAAAACAGGAGCAGGAGAAGAAAGCAGAGGAGUCCGAGAGGAAGGUAGAGCCGCUAUGGAAGAGAAUACGAGAGACUGAGAAGAAGCAAGAGUCGGAGAGGAAACAAGAACAGCCAGAUAACAACAAGAUGGACGAGAAACAGAAUGAAACACAGCCCGACAUGGAACGAAGAAGACCAGAACCGUUGUGGAAGAAGAAACAGGAACCACAGAAACUUGAAUCAAAAGUAGAACCGGAGAGAAAAUCAGAUGCGGGGAAACAGGAAGUGACAAAGAACAAUGAAAUAAAAAAUAAUAUACAUCUAGAUAAAAAACUGGAGCUCCCGAAGACAGAAGAGGUUAAGAAAAUAGAACCAGUAAGGAAAUUGGAACCAUUAUGGAAAAGAAAACUUGAACCUGUGAAGAAACCCGAACCGGAAGUAAAAGAAGUCCCUCCGAAGAAAGCAGAACCAAUUUGGAAGAGAAAAAUAGAACCACAAGAAAAGAAAGAACCUGAAACUAAACAAGAACCGGCAAAAAAGCUAGAACCUAAAACUCUCCCUAAACUAGAACCGACCUGGAAGAGAAAAAUUGAAGUAGACGACAAAACAGAACCGAAAACUAAGCCAUUUCCUUCAAAAAUAGAACCACAAGAAAAGAAAGAACCUGAAACCAAGCAAGAACCGACAAAAAAGCUAGAACCUAAAACUCCCGCUAAACUAGAACCGACAUGGAAGAGAAAAAUUGAAGUAGACGACAAAACAGAACCGAAAACUAAACCAGAUCCUUUAAAAAAACAGGAACCAAAAAUACCAGGAAAAUUAGAACCGAUAUGGAAGAGAAAAGUUGUAGUAGAAGACAAAACAGAACCCAAAACCAAACAAGAACCUGUGAAAAAAGCAGAACCACUGUGGAAGAGGAAGAAGGAACCUGUAAAGGAACCGGAACAAAUGACUGAAGCGUCAAAAAAGCAAGAAAAUGAUGAGAAGACCAAAAAAGACCAAAGUUCCACCGAAGACCUGCCUGAAGAAGACGAAACCGAGAUCAUAUGUCCGUUAUGCUCUGAGCUCUACGACGAGGAAGAAUACCAGCCCGUCCUCCUACCCCGCUGCGGCCACACCUUCUGCCGCCCAUGCCUUACCACCAUCAAGUGCAAAGGUCACUUUCCCUGCCCCACCUGUCGAAAGCGCCAUCUCAAGCCACCCAUCGAGGACCUUCCUGUUCACAACGAAGUCCUCAUCAAAGCCAACGCCUUCAGGGAGGAGAAGUUCACCUUCUUCUCUAAAGCUUUGAGUCAGGGAUGCAAUGUGAGGACAGGGAGGUGCCAGACUCACCAGAAUCUCUUGAUGUACUGGUGCUACGACUGCCAGGAGCCUCUGUGCUCCUCCUGCCGCGUCAUGAAUGGCCACGAAGUUGUGAGGACGAGGGUGGUCCUGCAGAAUAAGCGGCAAGAGAUGAAGGAGAGCGGGAAAGCAAUUCUUGACAGUGUACUGGAGGAGAGGAAGAAGAUCAUCAACUUCGUGAGGUCUUGCUCGGUACAGCUUCUCAAGGCGUGCGAGGAGAGCACUGCAGUGGAAGGCUCCUCCAAGGACGUGAAGGAGAUGCUGGGUGACACCAGACAGACGGCAGACCUCAGCUUCGUCCUCAGGAGCCUCGAGCGCAUGAAGAGCAUCCUGGAUGUCUUCAAAAAGGCAAGCAAUGACUCAGAAUCUGAUGCAGACACGACGCCGAAGCCCAGACGACGAAGGGAGCGACGCCAGACCCACCAGGAUGGUGAUGCUGACACGAACGAAGACGCCAACUCUCCUAAGAAGAAGACAACUUUGAACUCUGCCGAGAACAGGAAACAGGAAAAGGAUGUUAUUGAGAACACGAAGGUGAACAAGACGAGGGAGAUUAGAGUCAACCACCAGCAGCCUGCGGCGGCAGGAAUGCAGGGCUCUGUUCCUGCCGAGGUGAUGAGCCAGGGACCGCUGCUGUCUCUGGCGGAUGGGUCGCUGUGGCCGCUGACAUGCUGCGUGUACACAGAGAAUGGCAGACGAGGAAGGCUGUCACGGAAAGGCGGCAGGCUGCACAUGAGCGCCCUCACUGAGGACGAGGAGGAGGCGCAUUUCAUGAUCAAGCUGCCGGUUAUCCAGAGCGUCAUCCCACAAGACAGCCCUGAGGUGUUUUUGGAGGUGGCGGUGGGGGAGCGACACUUGGGCCGCAUAUACAUCAAGUUAUGGGGACACUUGCGGCGCGCCCACCACUUCCUCGCCCUGUGCAUGGGUACUCACGGGCCCUCCUACCGGGGCGCUAAAUUCGAUGAGGUUUUCUCCAGAGGCUUGAAGGGAGAGUGUCUGCACGCGGGGCCCUACCUGACGCCAUCUGGAGACCUGAGUGCCCAGCGAGUUAUGGACGCGCUGGAGUGGGAUGGGGAGUUCAAAGGGAUCCAGAGGAAGGGAUUAGUAGUGGGUGCAGGCAGCGGCAGACCGGACAGAGACGCUUGCUUUGAUAUAUGUACCAUCGAGAACCCAAGCAGGCACUUUGCUUGUCCCUUCGGCGAGGUGGUGGACGGCUGGCCCACCAUAAUGGCCAUCCUGGAGUACAGACCAGUGCGUGCAGUGACCAUGGUGGAUGUUGGCGUGGUGGUGCCUGAUAGUGUCUUCCAUACCUCAUGAGGCUCACCACUGCACACACAGACAGACAGAGACAAACUGACGGACACACACAUACACACACACACACACACACACACACACACACACACACACACACACACACACACGCAAAUUGAGAUCCCCUCCCACCCCACGCACACACUUACAAAUACAUUUUACAUUUAUGAUUUUGCUUACUAUUCAUUAUUUUAUUGAUGUAGAAAACUGUUAUAUGCUGAAUUAAGAAAGGCAGUAUGUUUUUUUUUUUUUCUGCCACACAACAAAUCUUUUCUCCUUCCAAUCUUCUGUUACCGUUGCUUUGUCUCCUCUGUUCAUCUUCAUCCUCUGAGAUUCAUGCAGUCCAAUAUUACAACUCGAUGCAUUGAUGAACUGGCUAUACGGCUCAAAAUACUUUACCUUCUCUUCUUUACUGUUUUGCUGACACCUACACUGUCUUGUCGAUGCAAAUUUAUUCAACAUGGCAUUAUAUCACUCUUCGUCUCUUAUCUGACAUCUGCCUCAAACGUGUCGAACGAACUUAUCGUGUGAAGUUUCUGCAGGCAAGGAACAAGAAUGUGUGUGUGUGUGUGUGUGUGUGUGUGUGUGUGUGUGGAUGCAUAGUACCUAGGUAUUCAUGGUUAUACAUAGACAUACAUGUUAUCUGCAUAAGUAAUUUAAGCAAUAGGUUUUGCAUUCACAUGUGUAUCAUAUUAGUCUCCCACCCACUAGUAACGCGAUACAGGGACUGCCACGUGUAGCCCUGGCAACUUACAAUUUCCCUUAUUUUCUUAUGAUUUUAUGUUCUUGUGUGUGUGUGUGUGUGUGUGUGUGUGUGUGUGUGUGUGUGUGUGUGUGUGUGUGUGUGUGUGUGUGUGUGUGUGUGUGUGUCUGUGUGUGUGUGUGUAUGAAUGAAUGACAAGUGGCGUACCAUGUUUCAUUGUUUAUACCUGCUUCUUAAUGAAUUCCCUUUUACUUGGUGACUGCCUUUCUCAUCUGCUGCUGAAGAGUUCAUUAUAAGAGAGGUGAUGUUCCUGCCUUCUACAUGUUACAGGUGUUAUUAGAAUCUGAAAACCGCCUUUGCCGCCGGCUUUCGAGGUAAACUUUGGGAGCUGCACUGUUGUAUGGUAGCGGAUUUCAGUGGGAACUGAAUGUUAUGAUCUGCUAACUUGCGGCUGAUAAUUAUACGAUUUAUUGUUUUCGUAAAUUUAUUUUCAUGUUACUUCUAUAUUACUUCGAUAUAUCACACUGAAAAUAUAUGCCUCGACUAUCAA